UUCGAACCAUGAUCUAUUGCAGGAAAUGGUAAUUUACGAGAACAUGGUGUUUUCCUCCUAGUAUAUUGCAAUAUUUAUCUGUAUUCUGCAAGUGACAGUUAGUUUUAUGUGUAUCUUACACAUUUUACACCCUCGAUACUCUGCUUGAUGAACGUUGAAGUUGAACUUUAUGAAUUUACAAGCGAUAGUCGACCCCCUAUCCAACCAUCAGAUUACAUAUUACAAAUUGUAACAUAAGAGUAUACAAUAGUAUGUUACCAUGGCGCAGCUGAUUAGUGAGUUACUUACUGAGGCACUCACACAAAGCUGAAGAUUCUUCUAACAUAUAUUCCAGAUACAUGUACACCAUUACUGAGAGUGGUAUGGGCAAACAGCGCUUUAACUUUGAAGAUGAACAACAUUCUUACAUCACGAGAUGUCACUGCCAUGUUGGACAGAUAUGGCGAGACGGUUCUUCACUGUUCUGUUCACAUAUCACGACGCAUCCACGAGCAUGGGAACCAGAUCGUAAUGCAGUGUGCCUGUGCACUUCUCAACUCAGCUGGAGGCCUACUCCACAUGAAGAACUUGGACCAUGAUCGACGGAUCCAACCGAAAGACCUUGACACUUGGUGGAGUGGGAUCGAGAGCAACAUCGCUGACAUCCUUUCUGGUGAUGAUAUAUGCAACUACUUUGAUCUCAUCGGUAACUAUGAUGACAAGGAUCUGUACCUCUUUGUGAAGACAGCUGAACACCUGUGUACAAUAAAUUACCACUGCCGACUUCCUACUGACACUGCCACACACGAGGUUUCAUAUCAAUCAGCAGUCAAGAUUCUUUCUAAUACUGGAGAGGUAGGAUAUUUGGCAACUCUUCCUCCAAUCCCAAGCUCAUUUCAGUGGAAAAAGACCGAGGACACAUUGAAGCAAGAAGGGAAGCAGAUCCAGUUCAAGAUGCUGACGUCGGGGAGAGACUCGAAUGCGAAGUCCAUGCCGGAUAAGAUUCGGUAUUACUGUACCAAGUAUAUAUCUGCAUUUGGCAACCAUCAAGGGGGUCAUAUCUAUUUUGGGAUUGAAGAUACAUCUGCCACAGUAUUAGGAGAAGCACUGACAGAGGAAGAACAAGCAAAGACAGUGGAGAAGAUAAACAGGAAGAUGACAAGUGUGAUCUGGGGGGAAGAGGGGUUUGUGGCAGAACGCGGCCGACACUGGGAUAUUACAUUCCACAACAUAGAUGGCUGUAGUGCCAGGGAGCGUCGUGUAGUGGUGGUGAUAUCUGUGUGCAAGUUUCGAGGUGGGGUGUUUACUUCCUGCCCAGAGAGCUACUACCUGGAUCAGUCCGGCCAAGUCAAGGCUUUCACUUACAGCCAGUGGAAACUUGCUGUACUGAAUCAAGUCAGGGACAAGCCGGAGCUGCACAGUCGGUUCAUGAAGCUGCUCCACACCCCCAGAUCACGGCUGGUGUUUGGGCUCCCUCACACCAUACCUGGAGUCAAGGAGAAGGUGUUGAGCUUGAGGACAGGAUCCAAUCUUUAUCCCAAGCAUUUUGAGAAAACAGUCGGAUCAAGAGUCAAGGCUGCCAUUAAAGACAUCCUGGCAACAUUUUCAGCUGAACCUCAUCUGGCUCUGGCCUUACACACAUUCGGUAUUGGAAAUGAUAUGGAAUAUAGCUCUGACUUUGUUGCAGACAUUCUUGUACUCAGUCAAUCCUGUGGCCCUCAGUUGUUCUGUGUGGCUGAAGAUCUGCCCCGAGAUAGGUCUCGUUACUUCAACCGCUGCCAGGUUGUUGCCGAGUCUUUGAAGAAUGAUUUAGUUCAUAAAGGCGGAUGUUCUGAGAGAUUUGGCAUCUGUGUUCAUGUUGUCGACAUCGACAAUCCAGUCUUCCUCCAAGAUAUUCAGACGGACUUACAAAAGUCCUUGUAUCCAUCUACCUUCCAUGCAGUGAAGAUGGACCCGAUCUUGACAUCUUUGAUUGUUGCCAUGGCAGCCUACAAGCCUCAUGAAGCUGAGACUGGCCAGGAGGAUUACUACUUCCUGUUGACGUGCGAUCAGUUUGAGCUGCUGUGUCUGCACCAGUUCACCAGGGAAUUGUGGGUACACGGUCCUCCAGGAGCAGGGAAGACGGUUGUGGCUCUGCAGAUGAUCAGAGAACUUCGUCGUCGUGGAUACGCGAACAUUCUCUAUAUUGCGGAGAAUGAACUGUUGUGCUCAUAUGUUUCGUCCUUUAACCUGUGUGAUGUUGUGACGAGGCGAGAGAUGAUGGACAUUGCUCGAGACCCAGGAGAAUUCAAAGACCGGUUCUUUUCUGUAUGCAAUGUUGUGGUGGACGAGGCACAGAACUUCAAGGACCGAGAUGGGGACUGGUAUUCAUUGGCUCAAAGUUUGGCUAGGAACAAUUUCCAUGACGAACUGGACCACAAGGGUUAUUUUUGGGUGUUCAUGGAUUAUGCUCAAAAAGUUCACAAGUUUAAAGCAGGUUUACCUGGGCUCAUUGGGAAAAAUAAUUACAUGUUAAGUGAGAUUUCCAGAAACUCGAAAGAAAUAUAUGAAUAUGCUUCAAAGUUCAUGAGGCUGAAUGAGCCAAGUGAAGACGACAUUUACAUGAAAGAUUCUCCCCAACUUGGGCACAGUGAUACCUCUGGUCCUGGGGUGAGUAUCAUUAAGUGUGAAAAGUCCUCAGUUGAGGACACUCUGAUGAAGGUCAUGAGGACAUGUGCAGAGGACGGAGUCAAAUUAGAGGACAUGGCCAUUCUACUGGGGAAAAAGAUGGAUGCUGAGAAGGUGAAAGGCCAUUUCAAGGACAAACUUGAUGACAUGGUUCGAGAAGUGGGGAGGGAGAAGGGUGUAGAGGAUAAUUUGGAGAGGGUCAAGAGUGGGGUUGGGGGUGAUAAGGACUGUGGCAAGGAGGAGCUUGGGAGAGGGAGUAUGGGUGGGGUGACAGUUGACACUGUUCGUAGAUUCAGUGGGUUAGACAAACCUGUUGUCAUUGGUCUGGACCCACACAUCAAUGAGGAGCAUGCAGAUAUCAACAAGUUCAUCGUCAACCUUGCCACACCGCGAGCCAAGCAAGGGCUUGUUAUCAUUACGACCUCUGAUGAGAUCUUGAAAAAACUUCAAGCAUAGUAUAUAGAUGACACAUGGUUGGAGAGAGUCCGUGAAUGCAAUUUGUUUAGUACUGCAGGUAGGAAUAUUUCAGGAUUUCACUGUCUGGAUUACAAAAAAUAGUGACAGAAAGCAUGAGUAAUAUUAUCCAUGCCAUAGUCACACUUUCUGACCAUCCAAUCCACAUUUUUUCUUCUUAUAUGGGGUGGUAGAGUAGCCUGGUGGUUAAAGCAUUUACUCAUCACCAUGAAGACCUGGGUUCGAUUCCCCACAAAGUUUCAUAAAACCUCACUCACUCACUCACUCCCCCACACACACCUAAGCCCACCACCCACUCACUCACUCACCCACCCAAACCCACUCUUCCACCCACUCACUCAGUGGGUCUUGAGGACCUGAUCUUGCCAGGGUUCCUAUCAUGGCCUCCACUUUGGUUUUGCUCUUGUUGAAUUUUGUGUGUAACAACACCCACUUGUUCAAGUUAAUGUCAAUUUGUUUGUUUGCUCAAAUGAUGAUUCCAUCCACAGAUUUUUGUUUUAGAAUCUUUGUGUUUGUGUGUGUGUUGACAACUUGUCUUCUUCACUAUAACUGGUCUCACCUCCUGGUCAGAACUGGGAUCAAUUAAUGGGAAGUCUGAUUGAUCACAGCUUGAGUCAAUCACUCAAUCUGGUCCAGUCAACCAAGUGUUAGCCUUGACUUCGACGUUAACUUUGCUUCUUGUCGCUGCGUCAGCAGGAUUUGACCCCACUGUUCUGGAGACGAUAAUCGUCUAAUUUUCUCAACGGGAUUGGACACAUAAGUGCAGAAAUGAUUCAUUUCGUUGCGGAUGUAUCCAAGUACAACCUUGCUGUUGGUGUAAAACUUGACUGCUUUGAAAUCUAUAUCAAGUUGAUCACACAUGAACUCGUAAAGUACUACCGAUAAGACUGCAGCGCAUAACGCUAGUCUGAGCACUGUUGUGUUUCCAUGCAAUGGGGCAAUUUUAGCUUUUAGAUAUGAAAAAAAUGACAAAAUCGUAAAUUGAUCUUACCAUAUUCAGAUAAAACCACCCAUAUAAUUUAUUAUUUGUCUUUUUUCCAUUAAAACAUGGUUCUGCAAGCUAAAUUAAAGUAGAAUUAGACAUCUGGAAGAAAAAUAUCUGCCAAAAAUGAUAGUUAAAAGAAAAAGAUUAUAUUUUUGUAUAUCCAGUGGCGUCCAUCUUGAAAAAUGGUGGCCAUCUUGAAUUUUUGAUUGGCCAACGUUAUUUUCUGAACAGGGAGCCCAUGGUGAGCGAUCAUGCCAAUUUUGGUGCUUGUAUCACAAAGUGAACGAUUCGGCCUAUUUUGGUCUGUUAUCCGCCCUACUAGCUGGAAUCUUCUUGCAGUUUUCAUGUAACAGAACAUGUCUCCAAGAUGAAACAUCGACUACUUUGGGUUUAGUUCCAAAAGAUGUCCUUGAAGGGCAGAGGAUGUCAUGCACACUAUAUUUGCAGAGAGUUUUUUUCUAUGAGGAUGACAAACUUCAAGCAAGGUUACUAGCAAGCAACCAUUUGAUCUGCUGGGCCCAGACUCAAGGAUCAGGACCAGGAAGCUGUUUUAGUAAAAGCAGGGUGGGCAGAAAUGGGGUCUUAGUGCAUCUCAGCGACCCAAGGGUGAUGUUGAAAUUUAUUGAUCUUUUCUCACAUUUUUACAUUUUUGUUAAUGCUUUACGCCAAUAUUUAACUUUAUAUACCAGGUAUAAUGUUGAUGUGCACACCAUAAUAUCAUACCUAUCUUAUGUUAUUGUUUUAUUUAUAGAUUUUAAAUAAAUAUACAUAUGGAAUGAA